AUGGGUGUCGCCGUCGGCAACGUCGAGAUGACUGAGGAUGAGCUGAUCGGUAACAUCAUGUUGUCCAUCAACUACCUCGUCUCUCUUCUCAAGAAGGGCUGGCAGAACCGCGUCUACUAG